GGGGGCAAUGAGUCGAUCCUUGCGCGGGUUUGCCCCGCCUGAGUAAUCCGGAAGAGGCCUCUUAUUAGGGCUGUGGUGGCGGCGGCGGCGGACACUUGGGGUCUGGACGCAACGGCGGCGGCGGACACUUGCGAUCUGGACGCAACGGCAGCGGGAGCAUGAACGCCCCUCCAGCCUUCGAGUCGUUCUUGCUCUUCGAGGGCGAGAAGAAGAUCAGCAUUAACAAGGACACCAAGGUACCCAAUGCCUGUUUGUUCACCAUCAACAAAGAAGACCACACACUGGGAAACAUCAUUAAAUCACAACUCCUAAAGGACCCGCAAGUGCUAUUUGCUGGCUACAAAGUCCCCCACCCCUUGGAGCACAAGAUCAUCAUCCGAGUGCAGACCACGCCAGACUACAGCCCCCAGGAAGCCUUUACCAACGCCAUCACCGACCUCAUCAGUGAGCUGUCCCUGCUGGAGGAGUGCUUCCAGACGUGCCUGCUUCCCCUUCGCCUUCUGCCGUGAUUGUCAGUUUCCUGAGGCCUCCCUAGCCAUGCAUCCUGUACAGCCUGCAGAACUGAUUGGAGGUGCUCUCUGGGGUGUCCUACCAAGCAGCCUGUUGAAGGCCUCGUGGUGCUCAGGGAGCACGAGCGACACUCGCCGUCGCUUCAGCUUCAUCUUGAGGCCACACAGCAUCUCCGCCACCCAGAUCUCCUCGGGCUCAGGGGCGAGCACCUUCCGUGGCUCCUCCUCCAACGACUCCUCAGAUUCGUCCCACCACUCCAUCUUCCUUUUCCAGCAAAAGGAGCUACGCGGGGGGCUGGGAUCUACCCCAGGGGCUGAGUAAAGAAACCAGGCCACGGUGUAAUGCUUCUGCAGCUGAUCACACUAGAGCCCGACCCAAAACCCCAAACCACUCUCCAUCCUCCCCAGCCUCGCAGACUGCUGGCUUCUCCAAGCCAUCUUUCCUUCUGUCUGUCUCCUCUGCUGAGCUCCAUGUGCCGCUGCUUCUCCUCCCCAUUCUCCCGUUUCUCUGUCCUCAGAACACUUCCUCAUAUCCUUCCCUGGUCCCUGGCUCUCUGAGUCCCUUUUUUGUUGUUGUUGUUGUUGUUGAGAAAUAGUCUUGCUUUGUGGCCUAGGCUGGAGUGUAGUGGUGCGAUCUUGGCUCACUGCAACCUCUGCCUUCUGGAUUCCAGUGAUUCUCCUGCCUAAGCCUCCCAAGUAGCUGGGAUUACAGGUGCCCACCAAAAUGCCCAGCUCAUUUUUGUGCUUCUAGAAGAGACAGGGUUUCACCAUGUUGGCCAGGCUGGUCUCCAACUCCUGGCCUCAAGUGAUCUACCUGCCUGGCCUCCCAAAGUGCUGGGAUUACAGGUGUGAGCCACUGCACCCUGCCUCAGUACCUCCAUUCUCCCCACACACCCUCCUCACGUGCUCCUUCCUGACUUCUGGGCCCUUUUCUUUUUUUUUUUUUUUUUUGAGACAGCGUCUCACUCUCUCACCCAGAAUGGAAUGCAGUGGCGCUAUCUUGGCUUAAAGCAACCUCUUCCACCUGGGUUCAAGCGAUUAUCCUGUCUCAGCCUCCCGAGUAGCUGGGAUAGCAGGCAUGCCUGGCUAAUUUUUGUAUUGUUAGUAUAAAUGAGGUUUCGCUAUAUUGGUCUGGUUGGUCUCGAACAACUGACCUCAAGUGAUCCACCCAUCUCAGCCUCCCAAAGUAAUGGGAUUGCAGGCAUGAGCUACCACACCCGGCCUUCGUUUUUCUUUUGACACAGGGUUUUGCUCUGUCACCCAGGCUGGAGUGCAGUGGUGCAGUCAUAGCUCACUACAGCCUCAAAGUUCUGAGUUCAAGCAAUCCUCUUGCCUCAGCCUCCCAACGUGCUAGGAUCUCAGGUGUGAGCCACUGCACCUGGCCCGAAACCAAGCUUUCUCAUCCCAAGCGCCAACCUUUAUCAAGUCUAGCCUAGUCCUCUAUCGUCUCCUAAGUGUCCCUCAUGAGUGAUCACUUCUGAGUCCUCCUGCGUGGAGAGCUCACCCACUGGGGGCGUAUCUUUCCCAUUGGAAAAGUGUGGUUAUUGGAAGUUUCCUCUUUUUAGAAAGAACAGGAUUGGAGGUGCUCUCUGGGGUGUCCUCCUACCAAGCUGACUGUUGAAGCCCUUGUGGUGCUCAGGGAGGAUGGGUGACACGCGCUGUUGCUUCAGCUUCAUCUUGAGCCCACACAGCAUCUCCACUACCCAGGUCUCCUCAGGCUCAGAGGCGAGCUCCUUCUCCGGCUCCUCCUCAGAUUCAUCUGACCGCUCCCUCUUCCUUUUCCAGCCAAGGGACCUACAUGGGGGGCUGGGAUCUACCCCAGGGGCUGAGUAAAGAAACCAGGCCACCGUGUAAUGCUUCUGCAUCUGAUCACCUUAGACCCCGACCCAAAACCCCAAACCACUCUCCAUCCUCCCCAGACUCGCAGACUGCUGGCUUCUCUAAGCCAUCUUUCUGAUUUUCUCCUCUGCUCAACCCCAUGUGCCGCUCCUUCCCCUCCCCAUUCUUCUCUCUCUCUGUCCUCCGAACACUGCUUCAUGUCCUUCCCCGGUCCCUGGCUCUCUGAGUCCCUCCUUUUUUGUUUUGUUUUGUUUUGACACAGAAUCUUGCUUUGUCACCCAGGCUGGAGUGUAGUGGUGCAAUCUCAGCUCACUGCAACAUCCAUCUCCUGGAUUCCAUUUAUUCUUCUGCCUCAGCCUCUCAGGUAGCUGGGAUUACAGGUGCCUGCCAUAAUGCCCAGCUGAAUUUUGUACUUUUAGUAGAGACAGGGUUUCACCAUGUUGGCCAGGCUGGUCUCAAACUCCUGGCCUCAAGUGAUCCGCCUGCCUUGGCCUCCCAAAGUUCUGGGAUUACAGGUGUGAGCCACCCCACCCAGCCUGAAUUUCUCCAUUCUUCCCACACACCCUCCUCAGGUUCUCCUUCCUGACCGCUGGCCCUUCUUUUCUUUUCUUUUUUUUUUUUUGGAGUGCAGUAGCGUGAUCUCAGCUCACUGCAACCUCUUCCUCCCAGUCUCAAGUGAUUCUCCUGUCUCAGCCUCCUGAGUAGCUGGGAUUACAGGUGUGCACCACUACCACUUGGCUAAUUUUUAUACUUUUAGUAGAGAUGGGGUUUCACCAUAUUGGCCAGGCUGGCCUUGAACUCCUGACCUCAGGUGAUCCGCCCACCUCGGCCUCCCAAAGUGCUGGGGUUACAGGCGUGAGCCACCGCACCCGGCCCCCUUCCUUCGUCUUAGUCAAUCCUAUCCCACCUCUUCUUCCACCAGUCCCCUCACCUGAUGGUCCCAACACUUCAUCAUCCACCACCUCCUGGAGGGGGUAUCCCGAGGUGCUCCGCUGGGGACUCUGCUCAUUCUGGGGGUGCGGUUGACGGCUGGUCAUGAUUUUUCCCGUAAUCUGUCCCCUCUUAUGGAACCUAGUCUCCAUUCUGUCCAUGGCCUUCUUCUGGACACUGCUAGGAUCCAGAAGAGUAUGUUAUCAAUUCUCAAGCCUAGGAGAAGUCGGGAGUGGAGAACAGCUCUGAGAAGAUACUGUUGUCCAACUGAUCUCCAGGCGCCACGGAGUCCGGUCCCUCCAAUCAGGAAGGUCGGAAUCUCUGAUGUCAUCGUCCGUGCGAACCUGGCAACCAGUUUGAAAAAAAACACAUGUAACUGCCAGGCUGAUCUCUUGUCCUGGAGAUCCUGGGUGAAUGGUAUCUCCUGCCACUGUCCCAACCUCAGACCAUUGUCCAAAAGCAUCUUCAGGGACUCCACAUCCCUCUGUUCCCUGUCCCAGCAGAGGCUGUGUCCUCUCCACUCAAAGCCUGAAGCAUGUUGGGGUCUCUUCGUCUCUGUACAUGCCCAUUUCAGAGUCCAGUCUGGUGGGAGAGGGAACAGAGUGGGAAAGAAAACUAGGGUAAGCAGAAACGAUGAAACCUUAUAAGAGUGAGAUUAUCAUGUACAAGAGUGAGAUUAUCAUGUACAAGAGUGAGAUUAUCAUGUACAAGAGAUCCCAGGAAUACUGACUUGAUGAAAAAGUCACAUCAGAGCACUCAGUUUGGCAGAGCUUUUCUGCCGAAUGUUUACUCACAUUCACUGUCCGAGAUUCUAUACUGGGGGUACACACGUCCUCUGCCCUAAGGCAAUUUUGAGUCCAAGAGACAUUUUGAGGCCUAAAAAUCAUAGGAAACUGCCCCUGAGCUCACACAUAUUUCCAAUGGUGUCCCCAAUUUCAGGGAAUCCAUGGAUUACCUAAGCCAGCCCCUCCAGUUCGGCUAAGAAACUCUAGUCUAUAUAUCAAGUUUUGUAUCAUAUGUAUUGCUCUGAACUCAGAAAUUUCCCUUCCAUUUAUGGAUUCUAUGAAUAAAAUAUCACAUGUACAAAAA